CCCCGCACGCCCUAUGUACUAAACGAAUUAAGUGUCGACUAGGUAGGACCAGUUGUAGGUACUGAAACAACUGCGUUGGAUGAAUAUACCUGCAAACUUCCCCUUAAUCUCGUCCUAGGCAUCCGGGAGGGCACGAAUAUGGAGCUGAGAUGGAACACCCAGCUAUGACGUCGGAGGGGACCGUGGGGUGAAUUGCGGAGGCUAACCGUGUUCGAGAACAUUUUGCAUUUGCAGUUGCCGACAGCCUGAUGAGUCUUUACAGUGCGAUUGCGCUACCUUUAGCAUGCCUCAGUGGAGUAUGGAUACCGGCCACACUCCUGUGCUGUGUACCAUGGCUGCAGAAGCAAAUGUUAUACCUGCAUUGGGUGACAUUAUGGCCGGGGAAAUGGCUCGGCGAGCCUGAAAGAGCUGGCUUCCUAAAAAACCAAGUUGCGCCGUUCCGCAUACCCACCAGCGACGGCGAGACACUGUUCGCCUGGCUUAUAACGCCUUUGGGGAAGUACUCCAGGCACGCAGCAGACUUCAUUGCGGAGAAGUCGGAACCUGCCGGUGAUGUCGAAUCGAGGAUGGCUUUCAAGCUGCUUCGCGAUGACCCCGAAGCGCGGUUGCUCAUCUACUUUCAUGGUAAUACUGCGACGGUAGCCCAGAGUCGUCGGACAGAGGAAUACCGAAUGUACUCAUCGGGAGCCUCCGACCACAUCUUCGUAUUGGCCUUCGACUACCGUGGAUUCGGCAAGUCAACGGGUACCCCUUCCGAGGCUGGGAUUUUGGAAGAUGCUCACGCCGUCGUCAAGUGGGCCAUGACUACUGCUAAGAUCCCUCCUUCGCAGAUCGUCCUUCUAGGUCAUUCGCUUGGCACGGCUGUAGCAUGUGCAAUCGCAGACCUCUAUGUCACCAGAGAGGAGCCAGUCACCUUUGCAGGCGUCAUUUUGUGCGCCGCGUUUACCAAUAGCGGGAAUGCCUUCUCCGCCUACUCGAUCGGCGGCGUCUUCCCGGUGCUAGCUCCCGUCAAGCUGAUCCCCAGGCUCCAGUCGUGGUUUAGUGCCCGCAUGCGGGAUACAUGGUUUACGGACAGGCGUCUGGCUUCCCUCAUACGUAACAGCUCUCAACUACGUCUGGUCAUCGUACACUCGAUGGACGACACGACGAUGCCCUGGGACCAGUCCGAGGAGCUGUUCAGCACCGCCAUCCGGGCCGCUGCGGAUGCUCCCGCGUCAUCGACCUCACACCAGCGUACAUCAUCUCCAUCAGAACCGGCGCCUAGCUCGCUCGCUUCCAAGCAUUUGAAGUGCAUAGACCUGGGCGAAGCCGGACGGCAAGAGGUGUGGAGCUCCGGAAAAAUCACAAUCAGCAAGCUCAUAGCGAAGCAUGGAGACCAUAACACGAUGAUGAAGUGGUCUCCUAUCGCUUUAGCCGUGCUAGAGUGCUUCGGCUUGACUAGUCUCGACGCUUUCGCUAGAACAGUCCCCUCUAAUCGGUCCUGAUCGUCCGUUCCCGCGCAUCUAUUCCUAUGAACAAAAAGCACCACGGUCACGAGGCACUGAUAUAUACCUAGCCGUCACGACACAAGAUAUCAAGUUCAAGACGUGCGUUGGGUUUCCCCUCCACUCUGUUUCCACGCGCCUUUCACGCUUUAAGCGCCCCAGUCCCGCAUUCUCCGUCUCAGCUACCCCGGAUUUCCAACCAUGGCACCAUCCCACGACUUCCUCCGAACGAUGGAAUUCAACCUUGCGCCCAUCAUGCCUUCACGCAUCAUCGCCAUAGUCUUCUGCGUUACCAUUUCCGUCAUCAUCGUCAGCGUCUUCGCCUUCUUCUUCCUCUGCUGCUACUGCCGUUACUCCUGCCGCUCCUUGCGGCGCAGGAAGUCCACGUCUACUGCACCGCCGCCUGAGGAGACACCCAUGUC